AUGGCCAGUUCAGGGUCCCCCGCUCCUUGCGGGUGCCCCUGCGUCUUCCAAGCUUCUCUCAGGUGGUUGGGGGCAAUGCUGCUGCUUCUCGCCGACUGUGUGCUGCUGCGGCCCGCGCUGCCCGGGCUGUUCUCUCGGCUGGUACCCACGGCGCUGCCGCAGCUCCGGGUCUGGGCGGUGGGGCUGAGCCGCUGGGCCCUGCUGUGGCUGGGGGCCCGCGGGGUCCUCAAGGCAGCGGCUGGCUCCACGAACAGAAGCUCAGGAGCCCCGGGCUGGCUGGCUGCCUUGGAGCCAUUGGCAGCGGCGCUGGGCUUAGCCCUGCCGGGACUUGUCCUGUUCCGAGACCUGCGCUCGUGGGGAGUCCCCGGGGCGGCUGACAGCACCAGGCUACUUCACUGGGGAAGUCACCUCGAUGCCUUCGUCCUCAGCUAUGCAGCGGCACUGCCUGCAGCCGCCCUGUGGCACAAACUCGGGAGCCUCCGAGUGCCCGGCUCUGUGCGUCGGCUUCUAGGCUGCCUAAGCUCGGAGAUAGGCCGAUUCCCGCUGAUUGUGGUCCUAUUGGUCCUCUCUUGUCUUGGGGAAAUGGCCAUUCCAUUCUUCACUGGACGCCUUACUGACUGGAUUCUACAAGAUGGGACAGCUGCUACCUUCACUCGAAACAUAGCUCUCAUGUCUGUUCUUACCAUAGCCAGUGCAGUGCUGGAGUUCCUGGGUGAUGGCAUCUACAACAGCACCAUGGGCCGUGUGCACAGCUCCCUACAGGGAGAGGUGUUCCAGGCGGUCAUGCGCCAGGAGACAGAGUUUUUUCACCAGAACCAAACAGGUGCCAUCACAUCUCGGGUAACAGAGGACACGUCCACCCUAAGUGAGUCUCUGAGUGAGAAGCUGAGCCUACUGCUGUGGUACCUGGUGCGAGGACUGUGUCUCUUGGCGUUCAUGCUCUGGGGGUCACUGUCCCUCACCAUGGUUACCCUGGUUGCCCUGCCUCUGCUCUUCCUUCUGCCUAAGAAGCUGGGAAAAUGGUACCAGUCACUGGCGGUGCAGGUGCAGCAAUCUCUGGCAGAGUCCAGCCAGGUGGCCGUUGAGGCUCUGUCAGCCAUGCCCACAGUCCGGAGUUUUGCCAAUGAGGAGGGUGAGGCCCAGAAGUUUAGGCAAAAGCUGCAAGAAAUAAAGAUGCUCAACCAGAAGGAGUCCAUGGCCUAUGCAGUCAACCUCUGCACCACCAGUAUUUCAGGGAUGCUGCUGAAGGUGGGAAUCCUAUACAUCGGUGGGCAGCUGGUGACCAGUGGGGCUGUAAGCAGUGGGAACCUUGUCACAUUUGUUCUGUACCAGAUCCAGUUCACCUCAGCUGUUGAGGUACUACUCUCCACCUAUCCCUAUGUACGGAAGGCUGUGGGUUCCUCAGAGAAAAUAUUUGAAUAUCUGGACCGCACACCUCGCUGCCCACCUAGUGGUCUGUUGACUUCCUUAAACCUGGAGGGUCAUGUCUGGUUCCAAGAUGUCUCCUUUGCUUACCAGAAUCGUCCAGAUGUCUCAGUGCUGCAGGGGCUGACAUUCACCCUACGUCCUGGUGAGGUGACAGCGCUGGUGGGACCCAAUGGGUCUGGGAAGAGCACAGUGGCUGCCCUGCUACAGAAUCUGUACCAGCCCACCGAGGGAAAGGUGCUGCUGGAUGAGAAGCCCGUCUGGCAAUAUGAGCACCGCUACCUGCACAGCCAGGUGGCUGCAGUAGGACAAGAGCCACAGUUAUUUGGAAGAAGUCUUCACGAAAAUAUUGCCUAUGGCCUGACCCAGAAGCCCACUAUGGAGGAAAUCAAAGCUGCUGCAAUGGAGUCUGGAGCCCAUAGUUUCAUCUCUAGGCUUCCUCAGGGCUAUGAGACCGAAGCAGGAGAGGCUGGGAGCCAACUGUCAGGGGGUCAGCGACAGGCUGUGGCCUUGGCCAGAGCAUUGAUUCGGAAACCGUGUGUACUUAUCCUGGAUGAUGCUACCAGUGCCCUGGAUGCAGACAGCCAGUUACGAGUGGAGCAGCUCCUAUAUGAAAGUCCCAAGCGGGGUUCUCGCUCUGUGCUUCUCAUCACCCAGAACCUCAGCCUCGUGGAGAAGGCUGCCCAGGUGCUCUUUCUGAAAGGAGGCAGUAUCUGUGAGGCAGGAACCCACCAGCAGCUCAUGCAGAAAAGGGGACACUAUUGGGACAUGGUGCAGGCUCCUGCAGGUGCUCCAGAAUGAAAGACUCUCAGACUCCACCUCCCUCUUUUCUUCUCUGUGGUGGAGAGUUUGGGAGCAACGACCUUACAGAACUGCAGAGCAGGUAGCUGCUUCUAGGAGGAGUUGGCAGAAAUUUACCAUGAGCUUUACUGUCUCUCCACAGGACUGGCAACUCCUUACUUGCUAAGGUGUAGAGCUAGGGUCAGUGCUUUGGUGUGGAUAACACUCUGAAAAUGAGGGGGGAUAUUCAGAAUGUACAUACAGAAGGGAAAACCAGCCACUUUCAAUACGGACAAAGGCAUAAGCUGGUUCGUAAAUAGUCUGUGGAUUCUUGAUAUUUAUAAUAAAACCGGUAUUUUGUA